ACAGGUCACCGACACACCGCUGCAGGGACGCGCUCACUGGAAAUACAGCAACAUGUCCAACACCAAGGAUGAGGGAGGCUGGAAGAAGUUCGUGUGGGAUUCAGAGAAGGGAGAGCUGCUCGGCCGCACCGGAGGCAGCUGGUUUAAAAUCAUAGGGUUCUAUAUCGUUUUCUAUGGCUGCCUGGCUGGAAUCUUCAUCGGAACCAUCCAAGCCUUGCUGCUCACCCUGAGCAACAACAAGCCCACCUGGCAGGACCGAGUCGCACCCCCCGGCCUCUCGCACACCCCACGAUCAGAGAAAUCUGAAAUGGGCUUCAACAUGAACGACUUUGAGACCUACAUGCCUUACACCAAGGCCUUGAAGGAGUUCCUGGCCAAGUAUGACGAAGAGUUCCAGAGGGACCAGAUGAAGUACGAGGACUGUGGAGAGGAGCCUGCAGAAUACAAGCACCGGGGCGACCUGGAGAGCGACGUAGGCAUCAGGAAGGCCUGCCGUUUCUCCAGGACCUGGCUGGGACCCUGCUCCGGCAUCGAGGACCGCGACUUCGGUUUCAAAGAAGGCAAGCCCUGCGUGAUAGUGAAGCUCAACAGGAUUGUCAACUUUCGGCCAAAGCCUCCUACCUCUAAUGAAAGCAUCCCUGACGAGGCUCAAUACAAGGUGCAGCCCAAUGUCGUCCCCAUCUUCUGCACCAACAAGAGAGAGGAGGAUGCUGGUAAAAUCGGGGAGAUCAAGUACUUCGGCAUCGGCGGCGGCUUCCCCCUGCAGUACUACCCGUACUACGGCAAGCUGCAGCACCCCCACUACCUGCAGCCGCUGGUGGCCCUGCAGUUCGCCAACCUGACCCUGAAUACUGAACUGCGCAUCGAGUGCAAAGUGUACGGAGACAACAUCGACUACAGCGACAAGGAUCGCUACCAGGGACGCUUUGACAUCAAGUUCACCAUUAACAAUUUAUGACCGCCAUCAGGACCAUAGCGCUCUCCCUGCCCCCCCUUUGUCCUUAAACUAAAUACACAUCUAAAUGUAGGAGCUCAUAAGUGAGGGGGUGGGGGGGGGGGGUUGUAGCGGUUCAGUCAAUCACAAAUAGUCUUGAAUGAAUUAAUGAAAGGAAAAAUACCUGCUAGGGGGACCGAUGUGUAAUCUUCUCUGCUUUCAUCCACUAGCUUCUACACUUCUGUCUAGCGUUAGAAUGUAAUUUUAAAGGAAAAGAAGCAAUAUGCCUAAUAAGAAUAUUUAUUCAGCCGUAAAUGAGACCUUUUUUUUUCCACAAGCCAUGGGACAUUGUUCAUAGGUGACUGUAAAGUUUAAUUCCAUCUCUGACGCGUAGCUAGCUGUGUUUUGUCCCCUCUGCAUAUCGCUGCCGUGUGUGCUUUCUCUAGCUAUAUUUCUUUUUUUUUCCGAGUGUGCAUUAGUUGCAGAAUCUGGUCCUUUUCCCCAACCACGCUGUCCCUCAUCUUCUUCUGUGAGCGAGCUUUUUAGCAGUGUAGGCUUUCUGUGUGUCAGACACGAACACACACUCCCACUUUAAUGAUUGAAAUAGUUUAUGCUGCACUCUUCUGGUCUGUGUAAGGAAAAGGCUGCACUCCAGGGAACUUCUUUCCUCUUUUUGUCUUUUACAUAUGAUCACGGGAGACUCUUUUUACUUUGCCUUUUUUCUUUAUUGCUUUUUUUUUUUUAAAAUCAUGAAGUGUGUGAAGGGGUUUUAACACUUGGUUUCAUGCCUUUUUACUUUUGAUUUCUACCUUUUUAGAUGUAGAGUUGUGUGUCCAGCCUGUUCGACACUGGCCUGCUGUUUGGGCAAUGGUGCUGACUCGAGUUUUUAAAGAAUCGUUUCAUCACAGCAUUGUGGUGUCACUCUCUGAAUGUUUCAGCCAUUAAACGUGGUGAAAGAAUUUUAUAUUUAUGCAGUUGUACAUUUUGUUUCUUUGCGGAAUAUUGUCAUGUAUAAAUGCAAUACCAAAGUGAAGAGUUGAAGAGUCUAUCGGAAGCAACGCAGUACUCGUUUUUAGAUCUCAUGUUAAGUGCUAAAGUCAAUGUCAGUCGUUAACUCCUGAUUUGUGUCGAGGCCAUGAAUGUAGUUUAGAAUGAACAGGUAACCGUUUAAUUCCACAACGACCUGACCUAAUGCAUUUUAAAAAAGACCAGAGUUCUUCCAGAGCUCAGUGGCUUUAGAUGAUUAUUGAUGUUGGCUUUUAUAUUCCUUAGGAUUUCAUGUCGAUGUAAAACACACUACUUGAAUUUUGACAUCUGUCAACUCUACACCAUUUCAUCCAGCUUUGUCAUUUAAUCAAAGAUAGAAACAAAUAAAGUCAUAAUGGACCU